AUAGAUGAUCAUAUGACAGCCUCACAAAUGAUAAGCGGAGGCAAUCAUCAAAAGUCACAUUUUGAAUUUUUGAAGAAAUAAUCUAAUCUCUCUCUCCAUGGCGACUCAUACUAUGAUCGUUCGUUCCUCAUCUUCAUCCUCUGCUCACGCUGCUUCGUCUCCAGUAAAAGAGACUCUACCACUCUUCACAACUAGAUCUCUCACAUUCCCUCAGAGAAAAUCCUCCUUCUCUCGUCUUCGGUUGAGAUUCUUUGCCGAGAAACUUUCUCAGCUCUAUUCCUCUAAUGGCUGUGCCUCUUUACAAGACUCUGGAGAUAAUCUUACAGAGGAACAUGACACAAAAGAAGAGUCAUCAACAUCAACCACUCUUAGUAUUACAGUGGUUGGAGCCUCUGGAGAUUUGGCCAAGAAGAAAAUAUUCCCUGCAUUGUUUGCUCUCUUUUACGAGGGCUGUCUUCCUCAUGACUUCUCUGUUUUUGGUUAUGCUCGGACCAAACUCACCCAUGAGGAGCUUCGUGUUAUGAUCAGUAGAACCUUAACUUGCCGGAUAGACCAAAGGGAGAACUGUGUGGACAAAAUGGAUCAGUUCUUAAAGAGAUGCUUUUACCAUUCGGGUCAGUAUAACUCGGAAGAAGAUUUUGCAGAACUAAACACCAAGCUCAAAGAGAAAGAGGAAGGAAAGCUAUCAAACAGGCUGUACUAUUUGUCUAUUCCACCAAACAUAUUCGUGGAUGUGGUAAGGUGUGCAAGCCUAAGAGCCUCCUCAGCGAAUGGCUGGACAAGAGUCAUCGUCGAAAAGCCAUUCGGUCGUGACUCCCAAUCAUCUGGAGAGUUAACCAGAUGUCUUAAACAGUAUCUCACAGAGGAGCAGAUCUUCAGGAUUGACCACUAUUUGGGGAAGGAACUCGUUGAGAAUCUCUCGGUGCUUCGAUUCUCAAAUCUUGUUUUCGAGCCUCUUUGGUCAAGAAAUUACAUACGCAACGUUCAGCUCAUUUUCUCUGAAGACUUUGGUACAGAAGGACGCGGAGGUUACUUUGAUCAAUAUGGAAUCAUACGAGACAUCAUGCAAAACCAUCUCUUGCAAAUUCUUGCACUUUUCGCAAUGGAGACGCCUGUGAGCUUAGACGCUGAGGACAUAAGGAGCGAGAAGGUCAAAGUUCUGAGGUCAAUGAAACCGUUACUGCUUCAAGAUAUGGUUGUUGGUCAGUACAAAGGGCAUAGCAAGGGAGGAAAGGCUUAUCCUGGCUAUACAGACGACCCGACAGUUCCCAAAAACAGUCUCACUCCUACGUUUGCUGCCGCGGCUAUGUUCAUCAACAAUGCGAGAUGGGACGGUGUCCCUUUCCUUAUGAAAGCCGGAAAGGCUCUGCAUACGAGAGGUGCAGAGAUCAGGGUUCAGUUCAGACAUGUCCCAGGAAACUUGUACAAGAAGAAUUUCGCCACUGAUUUAGACAAGGCAACUAAUGAGCUGGUCAUCAGAGUUCAGCCUGAUGAAGGUAUAUACCUGAGGAUCAACAACAAAGUGCCUGGUCUCGGAAUGAGACUCGACCGAAGCGACCUUAACCUUCUGUAUCGAUCCAGGUACAUACUUUCUGUUUCUAAUUCUAUUAAUCAAGAAUUUUUCAAUUUUACUCUCUUUUUUUUCCGUGUGUGUGUGGAUAGGUAUCCAAGAGAGAUCCCAGAUGCAUAUGAGAGGCUGCUUCUUGAUGCAAUUGAAGGAGAAAGGAGGUUGUUUAUAAGAAGUGAUGAGUUGGAUGCAGCAUGGGAUCUAUUCACACCGGUGUUGAAGGAGCUCGAGCAGAAGAAAAUAGUUCCUGAGCUGUAUCCAUAUGGGAGCAGAGGUCCUGUUGGCGCACAUUACCUUGCAUCUAAGUACAAUGUAAGAUGGGGAGAUCUUGAAGAUGCUUAAGCUUUUGACUGAAUCCAUGGAUAUUAACAGAUUUUCGUGUUAAUAUGAGACGAGCUAACUCUUCCAUGUGUUGUGAGCUUUUCCAACUGCUAUCAUCAUAUUCGUUACAUAGAUUUUUGCCAAAAAACUAUGUGUGAUUUGUUUCUUUUCAACUAGUACAUUCAUUUUGUUCGAUAA